GAAUGAUGCCUCCAGUUUCAACCCAGUGCUCAAUGUGUUUGGACGCGCGAUCGAUAGUAGACUCGUAUUCGGACAAGUUUUGAGAUCAAUUUCCAUACUACAAGCUCAGUGAUCGGUGUGAAUGUCAGGGACCAACAAAGAUGAAUGGUAAGAUGAGAGUAGCGAAGCGGUUUGUAAACCUGUUAAUACUUUUCGUCUGCCGGUUUGCUGGAAAUUCCGUCAAUGGAGAAUUGCUGCCGGAAAGUGUGCCCUUUUCGCUAACCACUUCGAUCAAUCCGCUGAUGCCAAAUAACGAGCAAAGUGUGAAAGAUUGUCCCUAUACGAAUUUCCCGUAUGCCAAGCGAGGACUGGCCAGUUCCAUAUUUGCAGAACGCUACCGUGACAAGACGUUUUCCCAUGUCGUUAAACUUGAUACUGUUGAAGAGUCGAAUUGUGUCGGUGUUAUCGUAGAUCAGUUACACAUUCUGACGACGAAAGAAUGCGCGCAGAAGCAACCUCAGACUAUCAGUUUCCAGAACGUAACACAACCGCGAUGGGGAAUUCUCAACACCAAGUACCACAUUGGCCUUGAUGUUGCCCUACUGCAGCUGAGAUCCAAUUUAAGCAUUGAUGAGCAAACUAUACCCGCAUGCUUCUGGAGCUCGUCGACCACGGAAGGUUUCUCCUCUGUUCAGUACAUUACCAGAAAUAACCACAACGAUAACUUCACAAUAAGUACUACAAAAUGUAAACGCAGCGGGCGCAGUCAGUGUUAUGAAAGCAUUCUUAAGAAUAUCAAUGGGUUUGUACAGGUUCAAGCUAUUUCCAACUAUAGAACGCAUCCGUUUGUAUUGGCCAUGGGUACGGGAAAUGAAGGAUCCUUAUUGGAAGUAUCGCAAUAUUUGGACUGGAUACAAACGGAAACGGGCAUCACAGUUGACCCAUUAGAAUGUGCUGUAAAAUAUUACAGACUUCGAGAGUACGAAGAUCGCGUCGCUGUCCAGCGUUUUGAGGGUUAUCAAUCGAUACAGAUGCAGAAUGCCUAUGUUUCCUCUUCUGCAAACAAUAAAUACAAAGCUAGAAUUGGACACUACGUUGAAGAUCCUUUGAUAGAAACUGUUGUUACCUACAAUUGCUACGGAACUCUUAUACAUCGCGAAUUUGUGCUGACCUCAGCGAGUUGUAUCGACAGCUUCAAGGAUGAAUCACUCAUAGUUCAAAUGCGCCAAGAAAAGAAAUUCUAUCUUUCUUCUGAUCCGGAGUAUUUGCUGCAAGAAAAAAGCGAUUACCGAGAACAGGUUACGGUUUCACAGGUUUUCAUACACCCCGAGUACAGCAAAACACCUUUGCAGAAUGAUUUGGCCAUUUUGCUUCUUGAUCCAGUUGAACUACAAUUUGACGAAUACUUCGGACCGGCAUGUCUAUGGACGCACGAUUCAACUGAAAUAAAAGAAUUCCAAACUAACGGCCAUGGCCCGCUAAGGACGGUCCAAGGCCUAGAGGAUAGGGUUGAACUACUGUUGAAAGACAGAACCGAAACUGAACUGUACUUGAUAUCGAAGGUAUUGAAGGAUUGUCCUCAGAUGUUAUCCAAACAUCAAAUUUGUGUUGGAGAAGAUGCCACUCUUGUCCCUGGCACUUGUAAGUCAAACCACGGAUCAGCGAUGUCACGUGAGCUUAGAGAUUUGCAGCAGGUUUUCUAUGACUACGUCUUUGCCAUCAACAGUCAAGGAGAUGAUUGUGGCCUUAAUACACCUUCUACGUUUACCAGGAUUUCACCGUAUAUAAAGUGGAUAGACAGUAUUAUCUUUGGAGAAAACGUUCAGUUCAAUAACUCGGACAUCUACUAUGGAGACGAAUGCAAUCUUGAAGGUGGUGAAUCGGGAGUUUGUUUAACGAUUCCGGAAUGUCCUGGCAUUGUGGACGAGUUGACUGGGAAAUCACCCGCAGAAGUGAAAAGGUGCGGAUUCAUGAACGACGAAGCCUUGGUUUGCUGUUCUGCGGCUGAUUCCGCACAAAACAAUCUAGAGAGCGCACACCUCAGUGAGGUGAUCAAGGAGAUCGAGCAGUGCCCGGAUCUUUAUGCUGAUCUAAGAUCUAAUAGGUCUCCGUACAAUCUAUGGAAAGGUGCCGUUACCUUCUUGGGUAUUAUAAGGUCUUACUCUUCGGAAAUUGCAUGUGACGCUACAUUGAUUUCCAAGGAGUUUGUCAUCACUUCCGCAAGCUGUCUUAAAAGGUUUUCCAGUGACGAAAGUUUGUUUGUUAUAGUCGGACAGAAUACCACUCAAAAAAUUGAUGUUGAGAAAUCAAUUAUGCAUCCUCUUCACGUUGCAAAUAGCCACGAGAAUAACCUAGCUGUGCUGAAGCUAAUGCUACCAGUCACCGUCAGUCAGGAAGUAAUCCCUGCCUGUUUGUGGAAGAACCGUUCACAUAUUCCAUUCGCGCUGGAAGUUCUUGGUACUAAGGAACAACAGUUUGAUCUGCAAGCCUAUCCGUUGUAUCAACAGCGAUGUGAGGAGAUCAAAUUUUCUAAUGUGACUUCGACAGAGGUGUGCGUUGCAUUCGACGGAUCUUUUGGUGAGAAUAAGCCGAGCAUCUGUCACGAUGCAGGAAGUGGACUCUAUAACUACUACGCGCACGGAUUGUACGAGAAGCAGGUUUCUUAUCUGGUAGGGAUUUACACUCGAGGAACCGACUGUGAAGAUGAUGCUGUAGCAGUGUUCACUAGAAUAAGUCACCACUUUGGGUGGAUCAAAAGUGUAAUCUAUAGAUUGGCCUAGUUUAUUAAAGCAACAAUAAUUGUGA